AUGCCUGCAAAAUCUAGGUUUACAAGGCUAGAUGCCUUUACGAAAACGGUCGAUGAAGCAAGAGUGCGCACAACUUCAGGAGGAAUUGUAACGAUAGCUUCAUUGCUAAUCGUCUUGUACCUGGCAUUUGGAGAAUGGGCGGAUUACAGGAGGAUAACAGUACAUCCUGAGCUUGUAGUUGACAAGGGAAGAGGUGAAAAGAUGGAAAUUCAUUUGAACAUUACUUUUCCAAAAAUCCCUUGCGAACUUCUCACGCUGGACGUAAUGGAUGUUUCCGGAGAACAGCAAGUUGGUGUUAUGCAUGGAGUUAAGAAGGUUCGAUUGGGUCCUCAAGAAGAAGGUGGUAAGGUCAUUGAUAUCAAGGCCUUGGAUCUUCAUAGUGCCGAAGAUUCAGCAACUCAUCUUGAUCCGGAUUACUGCGGUGCAUGUUACGGUGCUACCCCUCCUUCAAAUGCGCAAAAGUCAGGCUGCUGUAAUACAUGUGACGAAGUACGAGAAGCAUAUGCGUCCGUUUCAUGGGCUUUUGGCCGAGGAGAAAAUGUCGAACAAUGCGAGCGUGAACAUUAUGGCGAACGUUUGGAUUCUCAACGCAAAGAAGGGUGUCGCAUUGAAGGUGGUCUCCGGGUAAACAAGGUCAUUGGAAAUUUCCACAUUGCUCCUGGUCGCAGUUUUACCAACGGAAAUAUGCAUGUUCACGACCUUAACAACUUCUUCGAUACACCAGUUCCCGGCGGUCACGUAUUUUCUCAUCACAUCCAUUCUCUUAGAUUUGGACCAGAGCUUCCAGAAGAAGUUUUCAAGAAGUUGGGCUCAGAUUCUAUUAUCCCAUGGACCAAUCAUCACUUGAACCCUCUCGAUAACACGGAACAAAUUACCCAUGAGGCUGCUUACAACUUUAUGUACUUUGUAAAGGUUGUUUCAACUUCAUACCUUCCUCUUGGCUGGGAAACCAACCACAAUAGCAGACCACAUGACGCAAGCGUGGAUAUCGGAACUUAUGGACAUUCUGAAGACGGAAGUAUUGAAACUCACCAGUAUUCAGUUACGAGCCAUCGCCGAAGUCUCAAUGGUGGUGACGAUUCCGCUGAAGGCCAUAAGGAAAAGUUACAUGCACGUGGUGGAAUCCCAGGUGUUUUCUUCUCAUAUGACAUCUCACCCAUGAAAGUCAUCAACAAGGAAGAGCGAACCAAAACACUAGCAGGUUUCUUGACAGGUCUCUGUGCAAUUGUCGGAGGUACAUUAACCGUCGCGGCAGCAGUAGACCGUGGUGUAUAUGAAGGCGCAACUAGAUUAAGAAAAAUGCAAUCAAAGAACCUGUAG